AUGACCUCGCAGUUGGCAGGCUUUAAGGGAACCAGGGGCACUCUUCUGGUAGGAAUAGGCGGAUGCUCAUCUUCCGGUAAGAGUACGAUAGCAAAACUGGCUGUCCAGGUCCUGGAGGACGCUGUACUUGUCCACCAGGACGACUUCUAUAGGCAUGACGACGAGGUUCCGUUCGACGAGGAGUACCAGAUAGGGAAUUGGGACGUGCCCGAGGCCCUCGACAUGGCGCAGUUUGAGCGGGAGCUGGACCACAUCCGGGCGACCGGUCGGCCUGCGGCGAAGCUCGUGCACAACGGAAAUAUUGACGACGUAGGCAAGUUCGGGAUAUCCGAGGAGUACCUGGAAGAGCUCCGGAGACGGUACCGGGGCCGCAUCUCACAGCCUGUGGUGCUGGUGGACGGGUUCAUGUUGUACCACGACGACAAGGUGGCCGCGCGGUUCGACUGCCGCCUGUUGGUGCGCGCACCCUACGCCACGAUGAAGGCCCGGCGCGCUUCGCGCGGCGGAUACAAGACGUUGGACUCAUUCUGGCAGGACCCGCCGUUCUACUUUGACAAGUUUGUCUACAAGUCGUACGCUGCCACGCAUGCGCGCCUGUUUCGGAACUGCGAUGUAGAAGAUCGCCUUGUGGCGCCGGACGUACAGGAGAUCUACAACGGCGAUGAGGCGCAAAUCACGUGCGUUCUGGAGCAGGUACUCGAUGCCAUUGCAGCCGCGCAGUGCUAG